CGAGCAAGCUAGCAGCGGCUGCCGCCAUUGAUCAAAGCUCAAACUUGGAAACCUAGUACGUAGAGCAAUGGAGCCCAUCCCUCUCCUGGCGCCAUACAAGAUGGGCCAGUUCGACCUUGCCCACAGGAUCGUCUUGGCCCCACUCACGCGGCAGCGCUCCUACGGCAAUGUGCCACAGCCACACGCCGCCCUCUACUAUUCACAGCGCGCCAGCACCGGCGGGCUCCUGAUCACCGAGGCCACGGGUGUCUCCGACACGGCACAGGGGUACCCCGACACGCCGGGCAUCUGGACGGCGGAGCACGUGGAAGCGUGGCGGCCCAUCGUCGCCGCCGUCCACAAGAAGGGCGCGCUGAUCUUCUGCCAGAUCUGGCACGUCGGGAGAGUCUCGACGUUCGACUUCCAGCCCGGCGGGAAGGCGCCGGUGUCGAGCACGGAGACACGGCUGGGGCCGCAGACGAGCUUCGAUGGUCAUCUCGACGAGUACUCCCCGCCAAGGAGGCUCACGGUGGAGGAGAUUCCCGGGAUCGUCGACGACUUCAGGAAAGCCGCUAGGAACGCCGUCGACGCUGGUUUUGACGGCGUGGAGAUCCAUGGCGCGAAUGGGUACCUCAUCGAGCAAUUCCUUAAGGAUGGUACCAACGACCGCGACGACGAGUACGGUGGCAGUCUAGAGAACCGGUGCCGCUUUGCGCUCGAGAUCGUCGACGCCGUUGUGAAGGAGGUUGGUAGCCACCGCGUGGGCAUCCGUCUCUCCCCCUUCACCGACAUCUCAGACUGCUACGACUCCGACCCUCACUCCCUUGCGCUCCACAUGUCCACCAAGCUCAACGACCACGACAUCCUCUACCUCCACAUGAUCGAGCCUAGGAUGGCCAUCGUGGAUGGCCGGCGUGUCGUCCCAAAGCGGUUGUUGCCGUAUCGGAAGGCGUUCAAGGGAACCUUCAUCGCCGCCGGUGGGUAUGACCGUGAGGAAGGGUGCAAGGCGGUUACCGAGGGGUACACUGACCUGGUAGCCUUUGGGCGGCUGUUCCUCGCGAAUCCUGACCUGCCCAAGAGAUUCGAGGCCGGCGCGGAGCUGAACAAGUACGACAGGAUGACCUUCUAUAGUUCAGAACCAGUCAUUGGUUACACCGACUACCCCUUCCUCGAAUGAUCGUCGAUGAUGUAGCUUCUUUCUUGUUCAACGAGGCAAUUAAUUGUACCGCGUGUCAUUGAUUAAAUGUAGUACGUGUAAGCGUGUUGUGUUUCAUCCAACAAUAAAACCAUGUAUGAUUGCUGCUCCGAAUAAUUAAAUUAGUAAAAUCACGGUGACGCCACCCAUGAUGCACAUGAGGAGU